UGAAAGAUAUGGCUGAAAGUGAAAGUAACGUGUACGAUUCUGAUGAAUCUGAUUCUGAUUUAUUUUUCAUUGGAUGUCAAUCGUUGUCAGGAUUUAAAAAGAAUGAGAGAUUUCCAAAACAGGCAGCUGACUGGACAUUAGAUAACCUUUCACAAUUAGGAGUUAAAUAUAAAGAAAAUUCUACAGAUCUGGAAACUUUCAUGUCAAAUCUGAAAACUUUAGUCUCCCUAAACACACUAGGCAAAAUGCCUAAAAUCUGCCACAUCUUGAAACAAUUAACUUCAGAAAAAUGGUCAUUUUCCUACAAUCUUGAAAAGGAUAAAAGGGGUGACGUAAAGGAUGCGAUGGAAACAAAGGAAAAGAUCACUGAACAUGUGGAAGAAUUCGAAAAAGAUCAAGAAAUGGAUGAAAGGGUUAAACAGGAUGAUGAGCCAAAUAUGAGACUAUACUUCAUAUGGAGAUUUAACCUUCUGAAUUUCUGGAGGUACCUGUUAACCCUUCUUGCUAGAUGGAACGAAUCACGGAGAAGAGGGAGAUACACAGACAUUUUCACGGCCUUUUCCAAAGUUUUUUUCCUUCACCCAGAAAUCAGCAAUAGUGUUUGUGAUGCCAUAGGAAUUAAGGAUUCAGUUGUACAUGGGAAACCAGAUAUUCGUUAUUUGACAAUGGCAAAUGAGACACUGCAUCUCUUUACAGUGACAGAGAUAAAUCCAGGCAAUGCGUUUACAAGAGAGUGUUAUGAAGAGACUUUUACUUUUAAACAUAUUGGAAAGAACGUUCUUGGUCGGCAUGGAAUUCAACUGAUCAUUGAAGCAAGGGAUUCCUUCUUCUUUCCUUAUGUAGUGGGACUUGUGUGUAUUGGGACAAAAAUUAUUUUCACGUACCUAUAUAUAGAACGGGAGGAUUACUACAGCCUUAGGGAGGAGGGAUUUAUACCAAAGCCAAAUAAAGCCUCCAUAUCUUACACCAGGCCCUUUGAUUUCAUGGAUUCCGGUGAGCGUCAGUCUAUCAUGGACUACUUCUUCUGGUUUGGUUUUGUCCAAUCACAUGCUUACAAAUACUGACAUGUACAUGUCUUUUUUAUGUUGUAAAUAAAUUUUUUCAGUGUAUUUUCUGCAAUUUUUUUGGUGCUCAAAUUCUUUGAAUAUUGGGUAUGUUUAAUAUAUUUUUUACCUGUGUUA